AUGGAGAUAGAAUUACCUCAUCAGUCCUAUAAGGAAAUGCUCUUGGAUAAACAAGAAUGCAACCAAGCUAACUACUAUGACAUGGAACACCAAUCAAUCCUAGAAGGGAUUAAGGGAAAACACAUUGAAGGGGUCAUUCCCCUAUCACCGGAAGAAAAAGAAAGACUAUACAAACCAUGGAAAUUCUCAGUAAUCAUCAAGGUCUUCAAAAGAAGAAUGCCUCAUCAUAUGCUACGCUCCAAACUAAUUGACCUAUGGAAGCCAUCCGAACAGUUAAUCUUGAUUGACCUAGGAUGGGACUUCUACAUAGUGAAAUUCAGCUUAGAGGAAAGCACGGUGAAAGCAUUACAUCUUGGCCCAUGGUUUGUAUCUGGCCAUUUUCUUUCAGUCCGUAAAUGGGAACCAAAAUUUGUUCCACAGGAAGCCACACUUACUACUACUGCCAUCUGGAUAAGAUUACCCCAGCUACCAACUGAAUUCUACGACACAGUCAUCCUGGAGAAAGUUGGGAGGAAACUAGUGGAAACAUCAGUGAUCAUUGGAGACCAUAAACAGUCAGUGAUUUAUGAAGGUGAGGGAACAUUAUGCACCAGUUGUGGUAGGAUAGGCCACACGACCCUAAGAUGUUCAUACAGUCAACGUCCAACACUAACAGCCAACGAAUCACAAGAACACCAUACAACGGACACCCCACCGGAGGAGAGCCAAUGGAAGACAGUUACAUGCCCAAGAAGACGCAAGCAGGGACAACACAAAACAAUCCCAAAUACAGAAGGUCAAUCACUGAAACAACACCAUAAUACACAAGCGGAGGAGGUCCAGAACUCGGCGCAUCUUGCGAGAGUGACAAUGGAAGCCCUCAACAAAGCUUUGACAGCAUUUGGACCGCUCCUAUGGCAGUCGAUGGCCAACAACGAUAGCCCAGCCCCAAUCACAGACCCACAAGCCCUAAACAACCACAUACUCCAAAGUUUCCAUGCACUCCCCUUCUUUCCGGACCUGAUGAAGGAGGACCCAGCAGCGGAACCAAUUUUCACUCAAAUCAUCAUCCCACCAAACCACACGACCUCGAAUCCAAAGAAAGAAACUUCCUCACCUCCACUACAGAACAUCCAUCGAGGAGUCACCACAGCACUGGAGAUUCUUAAGAAAAAAGAUGCUACAGAGGAACUGGAGCAGAACUACCCAGCACCAAGAAUAGACUCGAUAAUGCUAGACUCAGUGAGGUCGAUCGAUUUCAGCACACAAGUGAGCGAAGUAGUAGUGGUUUUGUGCCCCAGAGCGAUGUCCAAAUGUGGAAUGAGCUUAGUCUCAGCCCAAACUCAAGGUCCGCCGAAGCCACUACUGAACUUAACCCCUAUCCUGAGUCUAAAAAGGAAGUCUCCACCCCCUCAAUUGCCCAGCCUGCCAGGCCCAUCGAGCCCUCAAGAGGGAUCUAACCUAGCACCCACAUCCCUGAUGAUGAACUACAUCAUAUGGAAUGUUAUGGGGUAA